GUCCAGCCCGGCGCCCUGAGAGCACGCCCCGAGCUAACAAACAGAACCUUACCCCUCCCUAGAGCUCUGCAAAUCCAGAGCCGGAGAGCUUCUUCGAUUCCAGGUGAGAGGGGAGGGGAGGGGACAGAACAAGUCCCCACCUCUCAAGGACAACCAAAGGGAAAAGAAACCAGCCGACGUUAACGUGUAUAUUUUACAGCGAGGACAGAAAAGCAGCGGAAGAGACGGUCUCGAUCAGCCUCUCUGCUGCUUUCAUCCUGUAACUGACCUGAAACUGACCAAGAAGCAGGAUAGCCUUCCCACCUGGAAGAGAACAUCUGUAGCAGCGGAUUUGAAUUUGGACUGCAGAAAAUUUAUUUCAUUUCUUGUGCACAAGUUCAUGUAUUGCGCCCAGCCCUUGUGCGUUACUUUGUCAGAGUCGAAGUAGGAGCCUCGCAUUUUCUAAUUGAGCCUUUGAAAAAUUGGCUCGCUGUCGAUCUCUUCCCACACCCUGCUCGCUUCUGGCAACGGGAUGCAAUUUGGGGCAGAAACCUUGCUUCGGCUGACGCUCGUGUUGCUGCCAAAUCUUUUCGGCUGCGAUUUGCGAGUGUGUCCGAGAGAGACGGACCACUUCGACUUCAGCGUCCGUUACAACAUGACCAGCUUCGACGCAGGGCAACCCAUCCAGAACAUCGUGGUGUACGAUUUUCACCCAAAAAGCAUCUACCUCGCCGUGCGCAAUUGGCUGUACGCGUUAAACGUGUCUCUCGGGAAGACGUCUGAGCUGCGGACGGGUCCGGUCGGUAGCCCGGAAUGUCAAAUGUGCAAUAUUUGUGAGACACACUGGGAGCCAGCAAGGGGGCUGGAAGAUAAUAACAACGAGGUCCUUGUGUUCGAUACGUUUGACCCAUACUUGUAUAACUGCGGAAGCUCUCAACACGGCAUCUGCUACCUGCACAACAUUGAGGAUGGUGAUUUAAGCGACGUUAGGUGUCUAUUCAAAGAGAAGAACAACAGACGUGACCACUGUCCUGACUGUGUGGCCAGCCCAUUGGGAACCCAAGUGCAUGUUCGCGCUGAGUCGUUCGUUACUUACUUCUUCAUUGGUGCCACUCUCAAUAGUUCAGUGGCAAAAGCAUACAGCCCCAAGUCAAUAUCAAUGAAGCAGUUGCUGGGAUCCAUGGAUGGGUUUGAAUUCCCUUCCAAAAACAAAUCUUCACUGACGGUGCUGGACGAAUUUCUCGACACCUACCCCAUAGAUUACGUUUACUCCUUCAGCUCGGAAGAUUAUGUCUAUUUCCUAACCGUCCAGAAGGACAGCACGAGUUUGAAAAGCUCGUACCAGACCAGAGUUGCCCGCUUGAAGCACGGCGAGUACGAGGUGGGAAAUUACAGGGAGCUGGUCCUGGAGUGCCAGUACGAGCCGAGGCGAAGGCGGAGAACGGCCGCCGGGGAAGAAACCUGGUACAAUAUUUUGCAAGCCGCUUACCUGGCCAAACCGGGGGCACACCUUGCCGAGGAGCUGGCUGUUUCGGAGACCGACGACGUGCUGUUUGGGGUCUUUGCAGAGAGUGACCCCCAGAGCAAAGACGUACGGAGCAGGUCAGCCCUGUGCACGUACCCGGUCAAAAUGAUCGAUAAGUUCAUCAAAGAGGGAAUGGAAGACUGCUGUGUGCGAUCAGAGGAAACUCCGAAGAGGGGACUGGAGUUUUACCAGCAGGUGGAGUACUGCCCUCAAAGCGGCAGGAGAGAGUGUUGGGACAAACCAACAAAGACCUCGCAAGCUCUCAACCGAAUCGAUCGAUUUGACGGAGAGCUGGAUGACACGAAACUGACUUCUAUCAUUGUAACGGUAAUAGGCACCUACACUGUGGGUCACCUUGGAACAGCUGAUGGACGACUCUUACAGGUGAUCAUUCAACGUUCCUUUAAGCCACAUGCAAAUUUCAGCUUGAGUGAGUCGGAUCCGGUUUCUCGAAAAGUUGCCCACUUGGAUGACUCUUUGCUGUUUGUUACUGGCUCAAAGGUGACCAAAGUACCUGUUGAUGGGCCAGGCUGUCAUCACUUCCUCACCUGCAAAUCAUGUCAGAUUGCACCAUCCUUUAUGAAAUGUGGUUGGUGUGAAGGGUCCUGCACUCGGCAGCGGGAAUGCCAUAAAAAGUGGUUGCCAGAUACUUGUACACCAGUUAUUGUUGAGUUUCAACCCAAAAGUGCUCCUGUCAAUGGAGAGACCAUGCUAACUCUAUGUGGCCGCGAUUUCCAAUCUCCACAUGGGCCCCCGAUAACACCAGCCUCCCACAUGGUUCAAGUGGGAAACCGGCCUUGCAAAGUCAUCCCUGAAAGGAGCAAUGCCAGGAAGUUGUCAUGUCAGCUGGAAAUCACUGGAAAGCCUCAGCCUGCCAAUUUGACUACCAUCAAGAUCACUAUUCGAGAGGCAAGUCAUAACGGCGAGUUUGUCAUCAGUGGGUCCACGUCCCUCGCUGGAUUUGAAUUUGUGGAACCUAUCAUAACUUGUGUGGCUCCAAUGUAUGGCCCUCAAGAUGGUGGGACUUUGGUUACAUUCCUGGGGAGACAUCUGACAGCUGGCAAUAACCAAAAAGUGACAAUUGGUGGGAAAGACUGCCUCAUAAAGAGCAAGAAUAGUACCUGUAUACAAUGCAUAACUCCAAAGAUGGAUUUGUUGAAGGAAGAGCCUCCUGUUGUGAUGAUAGACUCUGCAAAGGUAACAGUUGAAGGCAACUUCAAGUUCCAGUACCGAAAGAACCCUGUCCUGAACAGCAUCUCCCCAAGCUGCAGCACCCAGAGUGGCCUCAGCAUCACCAUCAGUGGUACCAAUCUGAACUCCGUCUACCAACCAAAACUAGUAUUUACCGAUGACAAAAAUGACACGUUUGUAAAGUUAUGCAAUCUGCCACCACUAUCUUCUGAGACUAUGACCUGUGAGACCCCAUCAAUUGAGGAUGAGGAAGUGGAAGGGAAGCUCACUGUGAUUAUGGAUGGUGUGCAGAACCUAAAGUCAUUUGAACUGGAGUACAAGGAAGACUAUGAGGUUUUUCCAUUUGAUGAUGAGGACCAUGUGUACAAGCUAACCAAGGAUGAAGACGAAAUUGAGUUCAAACACGCAAAGUUGUUUGAUCUGAAGAACUGCCUGAAUGUGACCCUUUUGGUAGGAGACACGAUUUGUGAUCCAAAGAUCCUGGUGCAAGAGAUCACCUGCACUGUUGAAACUGAAUUGAUCCCCCCCGAAGGGCUUCCAGUCAAGCUCUGGGUGAAUAAUGUGGAGAAGUUCAUUGGGCACGUCAUCUACGUCGAAGAAAGUCUUGGAACGAUUGUGGGAAUUAUCAUUGGCAUUAUUGUGAUCUUGUUGGUGGUACUGAUUUUGGUGGCCAUCCUAUUGAUAUACAGGAAGAAAAAUAAAGAGCAUGCGGACCUACUGAACCGUUUGGAGGCAUCGGUGAAUAUGAUAUCUCUCAAUGCAGUCCCACCUGCUCCCAGCGACUACAGAGAUUCUCGUCUCAGUCCCAACACAACAUCUGGGUCAAGUGGAAUCACAUUUCGAGGCUAUAAAGGCAGCGCUGACUGUGCAGCGAUCCCGUUGUUAAGUCCUAAAGAAAUUCAACCACAGAACCUGAGGACAGAGCUACUGGAAGAAGUAAAAGAUAUUCUGAUCCCUAGCGAAUGUUUAACUGCUUACAUGGACCAGGUGAUUGGAAAAGGGCAUUUUGGUAGUGUUUACCAUGGCCUGUACAAAGACCACAACAAGAAAGAAAUCCACUGUGCUGUGAAGUCUCUGAAUAGAAUUUCAGACGUCGAAGAGGUGGAGCAGUUUUUGAAAGAAGGGAUCAUCAUGAAGGAUUUCCACCAUGAAAAUGUUUUAUCUUUGCUGGGAAUUUUCCUUCCUAAGGAAGGGUUACCAUUGGUAGUAUUGCCAUAUAUGAAGCAUGGAGACCUACGACAUUUUAUCCGUCAGGAAAGCCGGAAUCCAACAGUGAAAGAUUUAAUAGGCUUCGGGCUACAGGUUGCCAAGGGAAUGGAAUACCUUGCUCUAAUGAAAUUUGUUCAUCGAGAUCUUGCAGCAAGAAACUGCAUGCUGGAUGAGACCUACGUGGUGAAGGUGGCAGAUUUUGGAAUGGCACGGGAUGUGUUGGACAAAGAGUAUUAUAGCAUUCAAGACCACCGGAAAGCCAAGCUCCCUGUGAAAUGGAUGGCACUUGAGAGUCUGCAGACCCAAAAGUUCACAACUAAAUCAGAUGUGUGGUCAUUUGGAGUAUUGCUGUGGGAGCUGCUAACUCGAGGGGCACCACCCUAUCCAGAAAUCGACCCUUAUGACAUCACAAGAUUUUUGUUAAAAGGAAGAAGAUUGCCUCAACCAGAAUAUUGUCCGGAUGAGCUGUACAAUAUUAUGCUGCGUUGCUGGGAUCCAAAGCCUGAGAUGCGACCGCUGUUUACUGAAAUUGUCUACGAAAUUCAAGACAUUCAAUCCAUGUUACAAGGAGAACACUAUAUCAACUUGCAAGUGAAUUAUGUGAAUUUGGAGAAUGACCAGCCUUACCCUGCGGCCGACACUACUGACGAUGAGCUGGACCUAGAUUCAGACUGAUUAUGUUUUGCUGCACAAGCCAAUACAUCUGUUCAGACUUGGACUUGAAUUUUGGAAGAAUGCUAUCUUUAAGCACAACGGAAGCCAUUCCUGCAGUUCAGCUACUAUUUUCUCCCCCUGCGUUUUCCCCUCCGGUAACCUGUCUCUGCUAAUUCCUGUGGUCAGUGCAAUCUGUAGGAGAGUUUACGGAUUGCUAAGUGGUCAGUUGCAAUCUUUGCAGAUGACAGUUCUGUGCAAUUCCAGGCAAUGAUGAUUUUUCUUAAAGCCUGGGUAAAGGCUUUUAACAACAACACCUUUUACUUACGAUGACAUCAAAAUGUCCAGAGGCAGUUCACAGGAGCAUGGUCAAUAAAAUUUGACACUGAGCCACAUGAGGAGACAUAAUGAGAGAUGGUCGAACGCUUGGUCAGCGUAGGUUACGGGGAAAGAUGGAAUGAGGCAGAGGGAGCUAGGAAGGGAAUUCUGUAGCUGGGAGUGAAGCAAUUAAAAUUGGGAAUGCGCUUGUGACCGGAACCAGAAGAGUGCAAACGUUUCGGACGCUGGAAGAAUUUUCAGGGAUAGAAAGGAGGGAGUCCAGGGAGGGGUUUGAAAGCAAAGAUGGGACAUUUUAAAAAAAAACAAGUCAGUGGGUAACUGGAUACCUGGGUAAGUUAGUGAGUGCGUAGCAUUAUCCUUGGUAAUGUAAUCUCACCGAGGUCACACGGUACAGACGUGGCCCUUCAGCCCAGCGAGCCUGCACAGACGAUUACACUUCAGGACAGGCUACUGCGGUUUCCUGCCCCUGGAUUCACAAACAAUGAAGGGCCUUUGCAGAAAGGAGGAAUUGCAAAAUGAUGCCCUCAGGUUGAGGUGGAUGUUUUUCACCCCAACGUAAUGAAAAGGAAUAAGCUUUGUUUGUACCAACUGCAUGCAUCCAAAGUGCAAUGUGAGAGGGGAAAAAAAAGUUCUGUUGAAAAAUAUGGCUUCCAUUCAUUUCUUGUUUAAAUUUUGCUUAUUAUUCUGUGCAAGCAUUGAGGAAUGAAACAUUCAACAAAUCUUGCUGCCCUGACAAAACAUUUUGUAGAUAAGUAAAAAGUCUUGAGGUUAAAAGUAUGAUUUUGAAAGUAACAAACUGUUUUGUUUCUGCAAUGGUACUGUAUAAGCUAUUCAUGAAAAUGGAAAUGAUUAGGAUCCCUACAGUGUGGAGGCAGGUCAUUCAGCCCAUCGAGUCCACACAGAACAGCAUCCCGCCCAGACCCACUCUUUAACCCUAUCCCUGUAACCCUGCAUUUCCCAGGGCUAAACCACCCAGCCUGCACAUUCCUGGACACUAUGGGGCUGGAAACCAGAGCACCCAGAGGAAACCCAUGCAGACACGGGGAGAACGUGCACACUCCAUACAGACAGUUGCCCGACCGUUCCUGGUACUGUGAGGCAGCAAUGCUAACUACUGAGGCACCGUGCCCAACCCUUUGUGCAAUUUAGCAUGGCCAAUUCACCUGCACAUCUUUAGACUGUGGGAGGAAAUCGGAGCACCAGAAGGAAACCCACGCAGACAGGGGGCGAAUGUACAAACGCCACACAGAUUGUUGCCCGAGGGUGGGAUUGAACCCUGUGAGGCAGCAGUGCUAACUACUGAGCCACUCUUGUGGCUGCAUUAGGUCGAGGCUAGUCACCAGGAAGUUUUAACAAAGAAGAAUUGAACAUUUGCAUUUACUCUGCUUUCCUAAUUUGCUGGACCUUUGCACUAUAGCAAUUAAGUGACGGCUGUUGUGUUACCAACCACUGACUUCUGGGCUUUCCCCACCAUUUGCAAACAUACAGAACAGGUAUAGAAGCAGAUCGUUUGGCCCCUUGAGCCUCGCCCACCCUUCAAUAAGGUCAUGGUGGAACUGUUUAAGUUCAGAAAUCCACAUGCCCUGAAACUCCUGCCUAACUAGAACCUGGUUUGACAAUGUUAAAGAUACCACUUGCCUCUGAAGCAGAGACUUCUAAAGCCUCACGAACCUCUGAAGGAGAAGAAAAUCACCUCAUCCCUCGUCUGAAAGGGCGACCUGUAAUUUGAAAGGCGUGCCCUCAAACAGGGAACAUGGCCCACGCGAGGAGACAUCCUCCUUGUCAAGGAUGUUCAGGAUAUUGCACAGUUCGGCCAGGUUUCGCUCCUUCCCUCUGAUAAACUCCAGUGGAGACGAGUCAGCAUGUCCAACCCAUCCCCAAGGCAACCAACUCAUCCUGGCUAACCUUUAUUCCCAUUUCCUGCACAGUGUGGAUAUCAAACAGUCGAAAUCCUAUGUGAGCAGACAAGGUAUGAUUGGCAGUUUAAAACAUUUGCAGGCUGUCUGUCCCCAGUGAUCCUGUGCUUGCCUGAACGUUGCCACUUGAAGAAUAAAAUGAAUUGGCUGUGCAUCUAUCAUUUCCCCCAAUCCUGUUUGCUCAAUCCUUGCUAGGAAUUUAGAAUUUGUCUCCAAGGUUUGGCUGGUUAACCUUGUUGCUCAAUUCCUUGUCAUUUUGAGUGAUGAACAUUCGGGCUGAGAAAUAGCCAUUUGGCCCACAGAGUUAAUCCCUGCAGGAGCCUGUUAGAGUAUCUAAAUAUAUUUACAACACACCAGUGCCUAUUGUAUAAUUUGUUAGACCUCUGUCUGAUUGUUUAUCACUGAAUAAGUGUUCCUGAAAUGUCUGUUUUGAACUUGCUUCUCACUUCAUUCAUCUUCUGGUCAUAGGCUAGAGCCCCUACUGUGUGAAAACAGGCCAUUCGCUUUUAUCAGAUCCACACCAACCCUCCAAAGUGCAUCUCACUUACACCCUCCCCCUCUCUACACCCUGAAUCUCCCAUGGCUAAUCCACCUAGCCUGCACACUUUGGACUGUGGGCGGAAACCGGAGCACCCAGGGGAUAACCACACAGACACGGGAAGAACGUGCAAACUCCACACAGGUAGUUGCCCGAGCGUGGAAUCGAACCCGGGUCCCUGGUGCUGUAAGGCAGUAGUGCUAAAUACUGAGCCACCGUGCCGCCAUGUCCUGCUCAUGCUGCUUUCUUGAAAGUACAGUUUGUUUUUGCUGUGCCGUAUACAUUAAGGAUCUCCAUUAACUGCUUUCUCUCUAGAUGGUACAAUCUCUGAUUAAUUCAUCAAUAUUGACAUGGAAUCAGUUUAAAAGCUCUUCUCUGCACAUUCUCCAAUUGUUUCGUGCCAUGUACAUAGGUUUGAACUCAGUUCACACUUAACAAGGAGAAAUGGCCACAGCUUAGUUCACUCCCACUGAAUGUUUAACUCCUUUGCUAGUGGAUGUUCUGGCUUUGUUUAAUUGCAGAUAAGCUGUUCAUUUAUGACCCCAGGCGAAUCAACCUAAAAAGAGACAUGAAACGUUGAUCUAAAGUCUAAAACUUCCAAAAUGUGCUGCUGUCUCCAGAUUUAGCUGGGCAACAGGUUGAUUGGACUGUGUUCAGGGUUAGAAAUGUGAAUAAUUGCAGAAGUGUUUUGUAUUUAAAUGUUGUGUGGAAUCGGAGUGAAUGAGCAGCUUGAACUAUUCAGAUUCCAAGUGUGGAUGAGAGUUAUAUUUAGAAUCAAAUCCAUCUUUACCUGGAGUUGAUGGAAUUAAUAAACAAAUUGUACAUCUGGUGAAUUUUUCUAAUAGUGAAACGUGUACAGGCUGUAAUAAUGCAGCAUUUAUUUUUGUAAAUUUUUGUACUUUUUAAAUUAUAAUAAUUUUAGCCUUGAAAUUCAGCUCCCUGAGUACUUAAUGGAUUUGAACAAAAAUUCUUUAUUUGAAGUCGAACUGUGUCUGACCUAUUUAAAAAUAAAUGGUCUGAUUGCUCUGUUGAAGAAGUGGAUGAACCAUCUGUGCAGUGUUGUGCGAAGAAUAUAAUUUUAAGACAUAUCUACCUGAAAUGGGUUUUGAUGUAACAGUGCCAGCUUUUUAUUACUUUUAUUUUGCCCAGCCAAAAUGUGGAUACACAAAGAAGUCUGAAUGUAUUUAAAAAGAUACGCAUGGCUUCACUGCCUGAACUCUUGUGAAUACGUAAACCAAAGUUUUCCGAAAUGACGCCAGCAGGAACGAAAUACCACGGGCAAGAAACAGAGCUCCUUUGAAGCCUAUUGGCUUUGCCUAUUGGUUUAGUGUUACCAAAUGGUGUUGGCAGCAGGUGGGCACAUGUUUGGGGCGAAUUCUGUCAGACUUCACACUAGUGAGGGCAUUAGCUUACACACAGCGAAUGGCCACCAGAUCAACAUCAAUGGUAGAAAGUGGCAUUAGUCAAAGAGCAACAUGGAUUUGAUGCCAGUGGUGCCAUCUUGAAGCUUGAUGCUUCAGUUCAUACCAUUCUUAACGUGUUUAGCAGCAGUAAGGACCUCACCAUCAACGCUGCCUUCAGCUAAUUGCAGGUUAGUUGAUGGUUGAUUGGUUAUUGUUUCAAUUCUACAAAUGUUUGCUGCUUUCUACAGCUGCUGUAAGUUGCGAAGAUCAACAGGAACAAGUGUGAAGGUGCCUUCACCAACUUUCAUGCUUCUGCACAAGUAGUUGUUCCCAGAAUUAGGUUCAGCAUUCCCCUAGCAACAGCGUAAUAUUUAGAUAAUGGGCAGAGGUCAAAUGAGCAGGAAAAACAUUCGCAGGAGGGAGGAGGAGAAGUGAGAGCGCAUUGAGUAUGGGAGUUGAGAUGUCAUUUUGUGGCUGUACAGGAC